AUGUAAGGAUUACCUCAAAAAAAGUGUUAAUUGCUAUUUAAAGAAUAGAUGCCUGUUAAAAAAAAGAGUUCCUAAUUUGUUAAAUUGAAGACUCUAACUCUAAGUAAUUGGAAAUCAAAAGAAUUGACAUCAUAAUUACUUAGUCCAAUAAAAUAUUAACCACCUCCAAUCAUGGAACCAAGAAGCUAAUCAAGAGCAAAUUUCUUUUAAUCUUAGCAUAUCAUAAUAAAAAUAUUUGAUGGAAAACAAAAUUUUAUAAAAAAGCAAUAUUUUAAUUUCUGA